AUGCGAAAACUAAAAAUGCAGGUAAUCAUCACGUCCACAUCGAUUUCAUCAUGGGGAAAUUGCUAUGAACGAGUCAACGAUUCAUAUAUAUUUGGAAUGAAGAAAUUUGGGAAAUCACUCUGUUUUCGUUGCAUAACACUGGUGCAACGCUCGGCCAAUAUAAUUCAAGCUGCACAUCAAAUUGGAAAUCCUUGCAAGAAUUCGUUUAGUGAAGCCAAGGAAACAUGUUUUGAUUCAUCGAUUAUUACAUAUACAGAAGGAACGUUCCUCUACAGUAAGCAAAUUUUUCUUAUCAAACUAUUUAAAAAUCGAAUAAAAAAAACUUUCCACAUCUCGUUGCGUAAUCAAGAAAAUUUCCGAGAAAUGCAAAAAAAUAAAUCUCUUCGAAAUCUCUUUGUUAAUAAAUCUCUUCGAAAUGGUAUAAGUAUUUUUUUAUUAGGAAUGGACCACGAAAGUGUAGGCAAAUGUUAUUUUCCCGAAUGGUUGAUCGGGGAAUAUGAUUCGCUUCAAAUCACUCAACGAUCACUAAUUUAUUCGCCGAAUAUCGCUGAUUCUAUCCCUACGAUCUCGCAUUGCUUUAAUAUUGAUGAACAUGGAAUUGUCGUAUUUUCCGAAUCUCUAUGUGGAAAUGCGAUUGGCUAUCACUGUUUAUGGUUUCGCGAUAGGAGUGAUUAUGUUUUAGAAUUCAAAACAAGCGAUAAACAAGACACCAAUGAUGGUACCAUUUGUAGGAAUGAAAGAGCUUUCGAAUUUUCACCUUGGGUAGUAAUAACUACGAAGGACCCAGAUUCUGCACCUUGUGGUUAUGAAGGCCAAUUCACAACACCAAAGUUAUAUGAAGAUUUUGGUUGUUACAAUAUGAUCAUCGAUUGUUCUAAAAAUCAUUCAAUUUCAGCUCGUGAAUAUAAAUGUCUUGCUUCAUGGAAGGAGGACGAUAUCACAUUCAUUUAUACAAAAUUGGCUUUUAUGCAGACAAAGUUUUGUAUUGUAAGUUGUGAUAAUAGUUGA